AUGAACGUAUAUGAUUGUUUUGUAGUAGUGAUAGUGGUUUGUUUUGAUGGAAGUGAUAAUGGUGUUGAUGUUAUUAAUAGUGGUGUUGAGUGUUGUGACAGUGGUGUUGGUAGAAGUGGUGAUGAUGGUAGUGAUAGUGGUGUUGUGUGUAAUGAUAGUGGUGUUGAGUGUAAGGAUAUUUUUGUUGAGUGUAAUGAUAGUUGUGUUGAUGGUGUUGAGUGUAAUGAUUAUGGUGUUGAGUGUAGUGAUAGUGGUGUUUAUGGUAGUGAUAGUGGUGUUGAGUGUAAUGAUUGUGGUGUUGUGUGUAAUGAUAGUGGUGUUGAGUGUAAGAAUAGUUGUGUUGAGUGUAAUGAUAGUGGUGUUGAGUGUAAUGAUAGUGGUGUUGAGUGUCAUGAUAGUGGUGUUGAGUGUAAUGAUAGUGGUGUUGAGUGUAAUGAUUGUGGUGUUGAGUGUAAUGAUAGUUUUGUUGAGUGUAAUGAUAGUGAUGUUGAGUGUAAUGAUAGUUUUGUUGAGUGUAAUGAUAGUGGCGUUGAGUGUAAUGAUAGUGGUGUUGUGUGUAAUGAUAGUGGUGUUAAGUGUAAUGAUAGUUGUGUUGAGUGUAAUGAUAGUGGUGUUGAGUGUAAUGAUAGUUUUGUUGAGUGUAAUGAUAGUUUUGUUGAGUGUAAUGAUAGUGAUGUUGAGUGUAAUGAUAGUGGUGUUUGUUGUAAUGAUAGUUGUGUUGAGUGUAAUGAUAGUGGUGUUGAGUGUAAUGAUAGUUUUGUUGAGUGUAAUGAUAUUUUUGUUGAGUGUAAUGAUAGUUUUGUUGAGUGUAAUGAUAGUGGUGUUGAGUGUAAUGAUAGUGGUGUUGAGUGUAAUGAUAGUGGUGUUGAGUGUAAUGAUAUUGUUGUUGAGUGUAAUGAUAGUGGUGUUGAGUGUAAUGAUAGUGGUGUUGAGUGUAAUGAUAGUGGUAUUAAGUGUAAUAAUAGUGGUGUUGAGUGUAAUGAUAGUGGUGUUGAGUGUAAUGAUAGUUGUGUUGAGUGUAAUGAUAGUGGUGUUGAGUGUAAUGAUAGUUUUGUUGAGUGUAAUGAUAUUUUUGUUGAGUGUAAUGAUAGUUUUGUUGAGUGUAAUGAUAGUGGUGUUGAGUGUAUUGAUAGUUUUGUUGAGUGUAAUGAUAGUUUUAAUGAGUGUAAUGAUAGUUUUGUUGAGUGUAAUGAUAGUGGUGUUGAGUGUAAUGAUAGUUGUGUUGAGUGUAAUGAUAGUGGUGUUUAUGGUAGUGAUAGUUGCGAUGAUGGUGGUGUUCUAUUAGUGUUGUUCUUUUAA